CUGCAGGGGGCAUCAUUGGCUUUGCCCAGAGAGGUUCCCUAAUCUUCUCCUGAGCUGAAACAGACACACGCGGGCUACACACCCCUCCUCCUCCCCCCUGCCAAACUCCAAGGCCGGGCAACGUCGCCAUACGGAACAUCCUGCGCUCAGCGGAGAGGGGGAGGAGAGAGAGAAGGAGGUGCGCACAGUCUCACUGCGAGAGAGAGAGAGAAGGAGGGAGGCUGGUCUGGCUCCUCUCCUGAUUCUUAAAUUAUCGGCCCCGUGCAGCAGAGAUUUGGAGCAACCCGCCGAGGAGACGCGUGCAGAGGGAGGCCCUGCGUUACCUUAGAAGGAGGGGACCUGAAGGACUGAUGGUCACAUCUGAAGUUGGAUAGACUAUACUGAGACCCCCGGGAGCCAGAAUAAAAAAAAGGCAGGAACGGUAGCUUUCUACUCUUAUUUCCACCUCCCUGGAAGAGGGGAGCAGCGGCGGCACCGGGAGGCUGCGCCCGCAGAAACACCGACCAUGAAGCUGCCCUGGCUGCUGGCGCUCAGCGCGCUCCUCGCUCACUCCGCCACGGCGCAGACGUGGCCUCAGUCCGACGAUGACGAAGGCUCGACGAGAGAUGAUUUUUACGAUGACGAGGACCUCUACUCGGGCUCUGGCUCUGGCUACUCAGAGAUCAGCCUGAGACCGAAGACAACUGGUGUGACCUUCACCACAGAGGAGCCCCUCCUCCUCUCCACGACCCAGGCAACAAGCCCCGCCCCCUCUGCCUCACCUGCAGCCGAGCCCAGUCCCAGCCCAGAUGAUGUUGCCUUUACCGUGCUUACCACUGAGGCCGAGGGAGAAAGCGGCAUCUAUGUGGAGAGGGAGCUGGAGAAGGAGAGAGAAAGGGAGCUAGAGAUAGAGAGACAGAUGGAAAGGGAAAGGGAAAGAGAGAGGAUCAAGGAGAUGGAAAGAGAGAGGGAGAGAGAGAGGGAGCGGGAGAGAGAGAGGGAGCGGGAGAGGGAACGGGAGAGGCAGAGGGAGCGAGAGCUGGAGAGGCAGAGAGAGCUGGAGAGAAUCAGGGCGGCUCAGACCACCACUGCCCCUCGGUCGCCUGCUUUCUUCCCAAUGUCCACCACCAGCCUGUCAACCAGUGCUGUGGAGAGUGCAGGACCCUCUGCUGGUUCAGAAGACCUGCUCAUCCCAGAGCCAGAUGAAGACGACGUGUAUCUGUCACCCGAACCCACCUCAGAGUACCCCGGCGUUGACCUGAAAACCACCACAGAGGACGAUGUCCCCAUCAUAGCAGAGACCACACCCGAGCCCACAACACCUGUACUCACCACCACCACCACCACAGCUGCAACCACCCUAAAGACCAGAACCCCCUUCAGGCCAAGGGUUCCAGUGUCACGGCCUACUCAGGGAGUCCAGACAGAAAGAACGACGCGCCCAGAGCCGCCUACAACACCACAGGAGGGGAAUGAGGUGGGCCCUGCAGGCCCAAGCGGUGACUCAGAGAUCAGGGAAGAUCAACGGAACGGUCUGGGUAGAGGCUUACCGCCGGUGGAGCCCGACUUGAACGGGAACACGGUGAAUGGAGAGAGCUCUGCUGCACAGAUGCCACAGAAGAACAUCCUGGAGAGGAAAGAGGUUCUAAUAGCUGUGAUUGUGGGAGGUGUGGUGGGCGCCUUGUUCGCCGCCUUCUUGGUGAUGCUGCUGGUCUACAGGAUGAAGAAGAAGGACGAGGGCAGCUACACGCUGGAGGAGCCCAAACAGGCCACGGUCACCUACCAGAAACCCGACAAGCAGGAGGAGUUUUACGCAUAACCCUUCAGAUGCUGGGAAGACGCACUUCACACCAGGCUGGGGGGAGGGAGAAAGAGUGAGAGAAGAAAGAGAAAUAUACUCUAAAGCCCCCCCUCCUUCUCCUUCUACUACUGCUUCUACUCGCCCCUUCAUCUCCUCAUCCUGCUCCUCCCCUCUCGUCUCCAAAAUGUUUGAGAGCGCCUUCUCUCUGGGGACUUUCUUUUCAAUGAAAAUGGAAAAAUAAGGACAAAAAAAGGACAAAAAAAUCCAAUAUAUUCAGAGAAAUCACACAUACACACAAGAUGUUUUUAAAGUAACUGUUGUUAUUAAUAUUCUUCAGAUUCUUGUUUCUGUAUGUGAUGAUGAAACCAUUAUUUUGUAAAAAAGACAAAACGACAACAAAAAAAUCCCCUACUAUGUGUUUUCCAGCACAAUCAAACAAAAAAUAAAGUUCCUCUUCUGUUUCUAUAGGGCAUAUACAAAAUAAAGAGGAGAAGAAGGGGGGGUUAGAAGAGGAAGCCAAGAUCUAACAGGGGGAGAUGACUCUUCCCCCUUAUCUCCCCAGAAGCAAAACAAAAGAAACAAUCUCCCACACCGAGCAUCUGGUUGGCCAUGCAGAGUCUAGGGUCAAAGGGGAGAGGAACGGUGUCUUUUGUGCCUUCUGUCCUAUUUUGGUGCUCAAAAAUUCACACGGCGACAUAAACACAAGCUUACGUGCACGCACAUCCGCACACGGACACCAGAGUCUGCUUGAAGGUGGCUCUGACCUCUCGCUCUGCUCGGUCAACCAGAAAAUGCUGCUGUGUGUUUCAGUCGCGUCGAGCUGGUGGCCCCUCUGCUCCUCUGGGCUGUACAAAGACUAGUUAUUGAUAGUGAUAAUUAUAAUCAAUAAUAUAUCAAUGUUUUUGGGCUGAAUGCUGAGGAAUUAUUGUUAUAAUUAUAAUAAUAAAAACAAUAAUAAUAACAAUGAUGAUAAUAAUAAAACCUUAAACAGGAGGAUGUUGUAUUUAGCAUUUAAAAAGAGUAAGAAGUAUAUAUGUAAAUAUCUGCGUAUCCUUUCUGGCGUCACUAAUCAUCUGCAUGAUCUUUUUUAUUCUUUUUUUUUUUUUUUGUUAAUCCGUCACAUCAGUCAUCACCUUAGACGAGCUGUGCUCUUGUCGCGUGCACGCACACACUCUGCAAACACGGAUAAAAUAAGCUGCGCAUUACAGGCAGACCACCAUGACUAGAGACCACAUCAUCUGAACACGCAUCGCCGCCAUCUUCCAAGUGACAAAAGCGAGGUCACGUGACGCUACUGAUCCAUUGGUUUAAUUUGUUUUGUAGAAGCACAAUUACAGAGCCUUGCAAAAGUCUUCAUACAGCUGGAUAUUUAUUUUAUAUGUUGUAUAUUUUGUUGCAUUAGACAUCAAGUUAUGAUCAUUCACACCUUUACAUCGACUUACAUUCAACAAUGGCUUUCUCCUUGCCGCUUUUCCAUAACAGUCGUGUAGAAUUUCAUAAUUGAUCCUUUUGACAGAUUCUCCCACCUGAGCUGCAGCUUUAUGCAGCUCCUCCAGAGUUACCACAAGCAUUUUGGUUGAAUCUCUGAUUAAUCAUCUCUCCCUAGCCUGUAGAUUUGAGUAGACCGCCGCAUCACAGGUUGGAAGUAGUGACAGACCAACUGUUUACUACAUAAAAUCCUAAAUAAUACUCAUAUAAAUUUAAGGUGGUAUCAUAAAACAUGUAACAGUUUGAUGGAUAUGACUUUUUGCAAGGCGCUGUAUAUGUACAGUCUUUGUGUCAUCCUGAAAAAAAUCCGCCCUCCCAAGCCGUUUGCUUGCAUCGCGUUCGGCUUGAGAAUGAAAGGCGUGACAGUUAAGCUGAGUCAAAAAAUUACUAUGAAAAAAAACAAAAUCAUCUUAUUGGUAAACUUUUUGUUAACUAGAACAAAGUGGUCAACCUUAACCCGCCGAGGGACCAUUUUAUUUCUAGCGAAGGCAGACAUAGAGAUCCGUCCUUCAGUCUAAGAGAUUGUAACAACAACCACACACCAGUGCGUCUGGGCUAGUAGCUUCUCUUAUACUCAGUACUGUAGAUCAAAAACAAAUGCAUGGGAGUCAGAGUUAUUCUUGUCUGAGCGUAUGUGAGGAUUCCUGUGUGUUUGUGCAUUAAAAACUGAAGAGGGGUGCUUUAUAGUUGGAAUGUACCGUGGUGGAGUGUGUUUACCUACUCCAGCAGUUCUCACGCUCUUCCACAGACGGUAGCACACCUCCUCCACUUCUGUGUUGAAUUCCCCCCCUCACCAGUGUGUGUGUGUGUGUGUGUUUGUGUCUGUAUCUCAUCUGAACCCACCACCUCGCCUGUAUGCGUGCGUCACCUUGGUAUUUCACGGCAGACUCUUGUGUACAGACACUAGUCUGUCCCGGUGUGUGUGGGUGUUUUGCAUGUGUUUCGUCUGCUCACUGCUGAAUGUGGGGCGACUUUGCCCUCAAAGUGACUCUCACACACGCUGACCGUGUCUCUUCACCGUCUUCUCGUGUUCCACUACCUGUCUGUGCACCAUUGGACAGACGGAGAGUUGAGGUCGCCACUUUGUCACAGGCAGGAAUGAUCUAAAAACACUUACUGUCUUUUCUAAAGUGACUGUCGAAAAAGAAAAAAAAAAGUUGUGCGUUUGUACCCAUCCAAGCCUGCGUAGCCAAAUAAUAUAAGUGUGUGUAUGAGUAAGAGAGGGUAUAUUUGUGUAUAUGUGAGUCUGGGUGCGGAUGUGUGAGCGCCUGCGUGAAGCCCAUCGGAGGCUACACCUCUCUGUUGCUGUUCCCAUUCCUGUUUUUAUACAUUUGCAUUUUUUUAAGGCUGAGUUUCUGUCAUUGGCUGAGUGAGCGAGAGGAGGCGGAUCCUCCACGCCACCGCCCUGUCACUAAUCUGCCACUCUGUUCCAAAUAAAAAAACAACCUGAUUGGGUCAA